AAUGCCACUGGCACGAGAUUUUCUCCAUCCAAGUCCUAUUGAGGAGAAGAGGAAACAUAAACUGAAAAGGCUUGUACAGAAGCCUAACAGUUACUUCAUGGAUGUCAAGUGUCCAGGCUGUUAUGCUAUCAAAACUAUUUUCUCACAUGCUCAGAGGCCAGUCGAAUGUGAUGGAUGCCGCACGAUACUUUGUACACCAACGGGUGGCAAAGCACGAUUAACUGAGGGAUGUUCUUUUAGAAGAAAGGUCCAGUGUUAAUUUUAUGAUAUGUAUUCGACUUCUCUUUAUAUUCGAUAAAUAAAUACAAUCACAAUAUG